AUGGUCGAGAAUGCGUCGAGUCCCAAUGGGUCGUCUUUGGCUUACGAAGACUCGGGACUAUCGAAAGAUGCUCUUUCGGCGACAGAUUGCGACCGCCGGCUCUCCGAACUGAGUGUUGAUCUAUCCCGCCAUGUUGGUCGAAUCAAGUUGCAUGAUUAUGAUCAUAACUUCGAUAAUUCAGGUGCCUUCCCGGAAAAUUGUGAUCACGAGGUCCAGGAUGCCAUCGCGAGAACAUUGAAGAGCAACUCAAUGUUUAUCAGUUUAAUCCAGUCGUAUGCGAGAGGCACAUGCUCCGCUGCAGAUCGCAUGGAGGACGUGACAUCCACCGAAGGCAAUAUUCUUGGCUCACCGCAUGACUUUCUCUGCUCUCUCAAUAUUCUUAGCACCUACAUUCGUCUCAUCAGUCUCUCCGAUAACCUCUUCAAGCAAAUCUUUGCUUCGAUCAAGGACGAUUCAGAGCGUCACACUCGCGUCGAACCAAACGGUGCCCAUGCUCGAAGCACGAUUCCGCAGAUCUUGCCCGGCUUACAGCUGGCAGGAUUUACCGUCACGCAGAGCAGCUUCCAGGCACAAAUACUUAUGCAGGCCGUGCAUCACCAAUUCGAGACGAUGGCACAGCAAUUGGGAUUGCCUGCAGAGCUUCGCGUAUCGGAUACACUGAGUCUGGAAUCCGCCAGACACCCUGUCGGUGCGCCCAACUUCAAGCUCGUGGACGUGCUGCAGAAGUCCCAGUGUGGCUUCGUAGUCGCAGUCGGAGGCGAGCAGAACGGAAAGAAAGGCGAUAGUUCAUCGGAGCGAUCCGAAGUCGUCGCCUCCCUCCGUAGGAGCAUUGCCGAGGUGCAAGCGCUUCUGGGAACACUCGAGAGGAAUUCAGGGCGGAUUUUGAACGAGCAAAUCAGUCUGUCGAAGUAA